GCUGAGAUGUAAACCUAUCGAAAAUCUAUUUUUGAUUAUUUUUCUGAAUUUUAUUUAAGUCUUUUUGAGUAAUCAGGAUGUUUUGAUUGCGUGUGGCGCUGGGGCAUUAUUCAUAUUUUGACCCAUAUCAGAAACUGAAAUUAAUUCCAACUUCAAAACUUAUUGCAUGUCGUUGGAAAAUUACACUCAUUAUUCGUCAUGUCUCAGAAUUUAAGUAAAAGAUUUUACCGCUCAGAUAGUACCCAAGAUCCAUGGGUUAAUACAGAUACGCAGGAUUCUUCACAGUCCAACUUUAAAUGGUGUUUUGAAGUUUCUUGGGAAGCUGCUAAUAAAGUUGGCGGUAUAUAUACCGUUAUAAGAUCAAAAGCUUCUAUUUCAACUGACGAUAUGGGAGAUCAAUACUGUUUGCUGGGCCCUUACGACGAAAAUUCAGCAAAAACCGAAGUUGAGGAAAUUGAUUUUCCUGUUAAUAGUCCUUUCAAUGUUGCGGUUGAAUUAUUACGAAAAAAAGGAAUAAAAAUAUUAACUGGAACUUGGUUAGUCGAUGGAAAUCCUCAAGUUAUCUUAUUUGAUAUUAAAAAUACAACUUGGAAGUUGGAAGAAUACCGUCAAGAACUUUGGAAUACUUGCAAUAUUGGAGUACCUCUACUUGAUGCAGAGUCAAAUAACUCAAUUUUAUUUGGCUAUCUCGUGUGCGAAUUUAUUUCUGAAUUUAGCAAUGCUGCCAAUUCUAUAUUUAAUACGAAACCUAAAAUUGUUGUUCAUUGUCAUGAAUGGCAAGCUGGAAUUGCAAUAAUUGCACUGAAAACAAGAAACAUUGAGGUUGCCACAGUAUUUACAACACACGCAACAUUAUUGGGUCGAUAUUUAUGUGCUGGUAAAACCGAUUUCUAUAACAAUCUUGAUAAGUUUAAUGUGGAUGAAGAAGCUGGAAAAAGACAGAUAUAUCAUAGAUAUUGUAUUGAGCGAGCUGCUACCCACUUGGCUCAUACUUUUACGACAGUGUCUGAUAUAACAGGACUAGAAGCUGAACAUUUAUUAAAAAGAAAGCCAGAUAUUAUAACGCCAAAUGGUUUGAAUGUAAAAAAAUUUUCCGCAUUGCAUGAAUUUCAAAAUCUGCAUGCUGUCAAUAAAGAAAAGAUAAACGAGUUUGUCAGAGGGCACUUCUAUGGGCAUUUUGAUUUUAAUCUUGAUAAGACAUUAUAUUUUUUUAUUGCUGGCCGAUACGAGUUUGGAAACAAAGGAGCAGACAUAUUUAUUGAAGCAUUGGCUCGACUUAAUCAUUAUCUCAAAUCAUCUAAGCUUGAUGUGACAGUAGUUGCAUUCCUAAUUUUUCCUGCAAAAACCAAUAAUUUCAAUGUUGAGUCCUUACGUGGACAUGCAGUUGUCAAAUCACUUCGUUCAACAAUUCAAGAUAUUCAACAAAGUAUUGGUAAGAGAAUGUAUGAGUCCUGUUUAGCGGGGCAUAUGCCAGAAAAUGAAAAUUUGUGCCUGAAAGAGGAUUCUUUAAAAAUUAAAAGGUGUCUCUAUGCACUUCAACGAAAUGGUCUCCCACCGAUCACGACUCAUAAUAUUAUCGAUGAUUGGAAUGAUCCAGUACUGAAUUCUUUGAGAAGGUGCAGCUUAUUCAAUACAGUUUCUGAUCGAGUAAAAGUGGUUUUUCACCCAGAAUUUUUAUCUUCUACCAAUCCUUUAUUUGGCCUGGAUUAUGAAGAAUUCGUGCGUGGAUGUCAUCUAGGAGUAUUUCCUUCGUAUUAUGAACCGUGGGGCUAUACACCUGCUGAAUGUACGGUAAUGGGAAUACCAAGCAUAACGACAAAUUUAUCAGGAUUUGGUUGUUUUAUGCAGGAGCAUAUUGUAGACCCAAUGAGUUACGGAAUUUAUAUUGUUGAUCGAAGAUUCAUUAGUUUGGAAGGUAGUGUUCGACAACUAGCUCAAUAUAUGUUUGAUUUUUGUCGUCUUAACAGACGUCAACGUAUAAUCCAAAGAAAUAGAACAGAACGUUUGAGUGAUUUGUUAGAUUGGCGCAAUUUAGGAGUGUACUACCAGCAAGCUCGCAAUAAAGCUAUGAUACAAGUUUUUCCUGAACUAGAAAUGGAGUUAUCGAAAGGAAAAGUCAAACAUUUCAAGUAUCCGAAGCCGAUAAGUGAGCCAUCUUCGCCAUCAUCUUCUCGACAUACUACUCCAGCCAAUUCUUUGCAUGGAUCUGACGAUGAACAAGAAAUCGAUGAAAAAAAAGAGCUUCAGGAACUCAAAUUGGAAUAAUGACUAGAACGAAUAUCAAUUAU